ACUAAAUAUCUAAAUAUCCCACCACAUAUAUACUAACUUCCAGUCUCCCCUUACCUUCACUCCCCUCUCUCUUGCUCCAAUGGAUUCUCUAACUCUCUUCCUUACUCUCUCUGUUCCUUUCAUCGGCCUUUAUUGGUUCCUCUGCAUUCUUGGCUCCGCCGAACAGAAAGGCAAACACGCUUCUCAACUCUCCGGCGGCUCUAUUGCAGCCGAGAAAGUCCAAGACAAAUACAAUCAAUAUUGGUCCUUCUUUCGAUCUCCAAAACAAAUCAAGACCGUCGAGGAAGUCCCAGCCUUUGUCGACACCUUUUACAACCUCGUUACCGAUAUAUACGAAUGGGGUUGGGGCCAAUCUUUCCAUUUUUCCCCUUCAAUUCCCGGAAAAUCUCACCGAGAUGCCACUCGCCUGCACGAGGAAUUCGCUGUUGAUUUACUCAAUGUUAAGCCCGGUGAUAAAAUCCUCGACGCCGGUUGUGGUGUCGGUGGGCCAAUGCGGGCAAUAGCUAAGCAUUCGGGCGCGAAUGUUGUUGGUAUUACGAUUAAUCAGUAUCAGGUGGAUAGAGCUAAAUUGCAUAAUAAGAAAGCUGGAUUGGAUAAACAAUGUGAUGUUGUUUGUGGAAAUUUUUUGAAAAUGCCGUUUGAUGAUAAUAGUUUUGAUGGGGCUUAUUCAGUUGAAGCUACAUGCCAUGCUCCAAAGCUUGAAGAAGUGUACGGAGAAAUUUACAGGGUUUUGAAACCGGGUUCUUUUUAUAUUUCAUAUGAAUGGGUCACUACUGAUUUGUAUAAAUCGGAGGAUCCUACCCAUGUCGAGAUAAUUCAAGGGAUUGAGAGAGGAGAUGCAUUGCCUGGAUUAAGAAGUUAUAGUGACAUUGCUGAGAAUGCAAAGAAAGUUGGGUUUGAGGUUGUGAGAGAGAAGGAUUUGGCGAAGCCGCCGGCAUGCCCAUGGUGGUCUAGGUUGAAAAUGGGGAGAAUUGCUUAUUGGAGGAAUCAUAUUUUAAUUACAGUGCUUGGUUGGAUAGGAAUUGCACCAAAAGGAGUUGUGGAUGUUCAUGAAAUGUUGUACGAUACAGCUCAUUAUUUGACUCAAGGAGGAGAGACUGGCAUUUUCACUCCUAUGCAUAUGAUAUUGUGCAAGAAACCUGAGUCCUCUGCUGCUGCUUCUGAUUCCUAGAUGGUGCUGCUUUGUCUUUUUAUUUUCUUUCUAGUUUUAUUUAGACUGCUAUUGUUUCUUGCUUAGGAUAUUGGUUUUAGAGUUUUAGUCUGCAUUUGUGAUUAUUGCUUCUUAGUUAUUUGUUUAUUUUAGGGAGGAAUUAUGUCCAAAUGUUUUAGAGGAAGGUUGGUGAAGAAAAUAUGAAAUUUUGGCCUCUAACUUAGCAGAUGAAGUUCCUCUAAUUUGCUGUGGUUUUGCUUUGCUAUACUUUAAUGCAAGGAAUUUGAUAGCUGACUUACUUCUCCUAA